CGUGACGUCACAGUGUCUGCCUCUACACUGGCAGCUGGCAUCUUUGCUUUGUGUGAAAGGACGCUGUGAUAAUUGUGUGGACCAGUCAGUUCAGAGACUUGAGAACAAGUGCAGUUGAGGAGCCAUGCAGAGUCUAGCCCAGGAGGAUAGUGGGCCAAACCCACUGAGCACCCAAACCACACUGGACAAUGAGACCAAUUCAACUGAGUCAGCAUCAAGGGAAACAGGUGCAAACGAACAGCAGGCUGCUGAGAAGGAAGAAUCACAUCUUCCCAUGGAGGAUAUGAACGGACAAACAAAUGAAACACCUGCAGAUGAACCCCUUCAACCAGCAGUGGCGAAAGAACCCUCCCAGAACACUGAAGCAAUGGAAGUGGACCAGGGUCCGAAGUCUCCACCCCAGUCGACACCUAGCACAAAUAAAGAUCAAGUCACUGAUGAAGAAAAGUCAAAGAAAAAUAACAGACGUUUCCCCUCCAAGAUGAUAGAUCCUCUGAAGAUGGACAUGACCAAGCCAGUGGUUAUGCCCCUGACAUCAUCAGAGCUGUCCCUGCAGUGCAUCGAGUGCCACAUCAUCUUCAGCGACACCAAGAGCAAACAGCGUCACCUGAAGGCGAGCCAUCCAGCUGAAUAUGAGCAGCGCAUCCUGACAAAUGCGGUUUUCACCUGCUACGUUUGUGACCGCAGCUUCACCAACUCCACCGAGCUCAUGGCCCAUCAGAAAGCCCACGUAGAGAGAAAACCCUACAAAUGUCCUCUUUGUAGCCAGGCCUUUAAAAAGACGUCUGAGCUCACGCUUCAUAAAAAGAUUCACAUCGGGGAGGAUGGUUACACCUGUGCCGACUGUGGCAAACUGUUUAGAACGCUUACCCUGCUUAAGUAUCACCGUCGGGUACACACCGGAGAGUUGCCGUAUGUUUGCAAGGAGUGUGGUGACAAGUUCAGCAUGUCCAAAGCUCUGCAGAAACAUAUGCUGUCACACUUGCCGGAGGGUGCCCAAGCCAGAGCACUGAAGAAAAAGCGUGAUCCCUCGGCAAACAAAUAUCACUGCUCCAUUUGCAAGGCCACCUUCAAGAGUCCCAAGACACUGCUUCAUCAUCUUAAAGCCAAGCAUAACAUACUGCCAGCUUCGUUAAAGAAACCUCUCCUUUCUGGGUCACAAAUGAAACAAAUGACUCCAGUCAUAACACCGAUAUCCAUUUCCCAACCAUCGUUGCUUCAGUUGGAGCCUAAUGGGCCGCUCCAGAAAGUUGACGGCAAUAUCGACACAGAGCCAAUUCGUAGGCUGAUUGAAUCUUUGGAAAAUGUCCAGAAAGUAAAUCAAGUUGUCAUUUUGGGUCAAGUGCCUCCUGAUGCGCCACCUUUGGAAGUACAGCAAAUCUCUGAGAUAGCCAAACCAGUAGAUUUAUAUCUUAAACCUCCCCAGUUAGAUUUUGUGGGAUUGACACAGGGGGACGCAAAGACAGUGCAAGGAGACUUUCCUAUGAACUCCUGUGAUCCGAUGGAACAAACAAUUAUAUUGGAACCUAUUACGCCUGAUGGACAGUUAAUAAACCCGCCCUUUUCACAAUUAGGUUCCCACAUAGUGUCAGGAGAAAGCUUUGCGCUCAGUCUUGCCCCAAGUGAACAAAGAAUGGAGCAGGAGGGAGAUUUGAUGCAGCAAACUCAUUUACAACCUACGGUGGAUGCAACAAACUCCAAUACCAUGGACUCACUGGUUUGCAACACUGAAGGAAAUAACCCCAAGGAAGACCUUGAGCAAAUGAUCAUAUUAGAACUAACUCCCGCCCUGACACCAACUGCUGAGCUGGAACAGUCCCAAAAUGUUCCACAACAGGAAAUCACAGCCCCCUCACUGGCUCCAACGACUGAACUGGAGCACUCUCCUUAUCAAAGUAUAGUAAAUGACACAUCAGUCCCAUCAGCCGAGCAGAACAUGACAUCUGUAGAAACCAAUCAAAUAGAUCUUCCACGCGAACCCACACAGGCUCCAGAGGAAGCUGGGGUUGACCCUCAAGAGGAGGCUCCAUCACAGAUUCAGUCUGAGUGCCAAGAUAAGGUACCCCAGGAAUGUCAAGAGAAGACUACGCAGGAUGACGAAUCACUGUUGUAUAAAAAGCAGGGCAAGGAUGAUGUGGAAAAUGAGACUGAAGUCGUGGAUGUUUCUUCUAAAAAGACGGCCCCAUCACAAUCACAAACUAAGCAGGGGCCGCAGAUCUCAGAGUUACCUGUCAGUGUGAUGUCAGCUCAAGAGCUUGUGAAAGUGCGCAAAAGGAAGCCUGCCAGGGCUUUAUUUAUACAAAGUUAUAUGCAGGAAUUGAUAGGGACCAUACUUGAUGAUGAGUUACAAUGCGAUGGCAAACCAGCUAAGCGCAAAAAAGCCAAAAAAUCUCACCUUGUUGUGAAAUUUAGCCCACAAAAGGAGAAGCAAAAGAAAGGAAACAAAAAACAAGCAACGGCACCUCAGAGAUGCCAGUCUACCCAAGAUGAAACUAUAAUGGAUGGGGAGACAAAUCCGUCACAGAAAAAAGUGCCGUCAAAGAAGAAGGGAGCGAUUCCCAAUAAAGGUAAAAAAGCAAAGAAUUUGGCAUCUUCAGGUGAACUCAAUACAACUCCAUUAUCCAAAGAGUCACAGAUGUCUCCAAAAAACAAAAGAGAAAAAGACAAAGAGAAGACAAAAAAAGAGAAGAAAAAAAAGGUCAAAACAGAUGAACACGGUACAGCGGACUUAGUUCAGCCUUUAAGCAAGCAAAAGGCAAUACUUAAAAAGAAGAAAAAAACAUCUAAAAUAGCGCAAAAAGAUCGUCCCCAGAAUAAAAAAAUGGCAACUAAAGCGCGAAAGAAAAAGGAAGACAAAAGUAGUCCAAAAACAAGCAAAACCCAAGCUGACUCAGGUGCUGUACAAAUAACACAAGACUCCCUCCUUUUGUUGAAAGGUCACAAGCAGCCCCAGUUGAAGGUUCACAAAUUGGACCCGUCAAAAACAUCGGGGCAGUCACCGGAAGACCCCCCUCGUGAGUCCCAAUCCAAGCACAUCAAAGAUGGCAAGGCCAAACAUAAAACCGUCUCCGCAAAUAGACUUAACACUGAGAGUAAGAAAAAAGGAAAGCAACCCAAAAAAAAACAGAAGGCUCUCUCGUUGCUGUCCUUCAUAAAUGCCACCCACCAACCACCUGAAACACAGCCUGCCAAGCCCAAGACCAGUCGAAAACGCAAAGCUCCCUCAAAUGUCGAGACCGAAGGUGUGAUAACAUCUGCGCAUUCCAGGUGGACCUUGGAGUGUAAAAACUGUGGGGAGAUAUUCAGUGAAGUAGCCUGUCUUCAGAAGCACAAGGCAACAGUGCACGUUCUGGAGAGUCCUGGACUCACCUACACCAAUGGAAACAUUUUUGAAGGGGUCUCCAGGUUAGAUGUUUGCCAGCAAGAAAGAGUUAUUGGCCUGAUGAAUCAUAACACUGGUUGGGAUACUGAGCCUGAGAUGACAAUGGAGGACAGAGAACGAAGUGUCUCAUUUCCUGCUUUGAUUCCAUCCCCUUCUUUACCUCCUCCACAUGCUGAUGAAGGCAGUGGUAGGCCUCCAAUUUCUCCAAAAUGUACUCCUCCAUUAGAUAUAGUGAGAAACUGCGAGCCUUCUAGUGUCGACCCUUUUUUAGAUUGCUCAAGCCAAACAAAGGAUAAUGACGCUUUGGUGUCCACUGAGGAACAGCAAAGGGAAAGUACCCCCAAGAAACUCUUAUUAGAAUCUGAAAUCCAGGCUACAAUGAACGAAGACAUGAAGGAAGAUGUUGUUCUUGGGGUCGACUUGAUUACCGUAGGGGAACAGAAUGAAAGCAGCAAUGAAUCUUUGCGUCAAGGCCACUCUUGCCGAAAUGUAUCAAAUGAAAUCAGCAGUGAUAAAACACUCAACAGUGCUGGGAACAAUUUGAAGUCUGUGUCUUGCGCUACACCACAAGCAGACGUGAAGGAGGAAGACGAAGAACUUUUAGUUGCAAUGAAGCGAAGGAAUCCAACAGGAGAUAGACGGCCAGGAAAAGCUUUGCGUCGAGAUGUCAGAGAAACUGAAUUGGAGGAACAGCAUGAGGAUUGUCAGGUCGUUUACGAAAAACUUUGCUGUGAUUCCCAAAUGAAGGAGGCUGAGACCAGUACACAGGCUUCCCAGGCAGGGAUCUGUCCAGGAUCUGAUCCCAACAUCGUUCCUGCUUCUGCUGCUUCUUUAACUAUGGCAUCUUCUACAUUGGAGGAAUCCUUUGAAGCUCCUGAAGAACAAGAUGUGGUUGAGCUGGAGUCUGCACCUACUAAUGUUCAACCUGACAGGGCAAGUCAACCUCUGAAAUCAUCUCCAAGAAUCAUCCUUACGAAGAUUAUCCCGUCUGGACAAGCAAUGGCGAACAGGCAGCACCGUCUAAUGUCCUCACGUAGCGAUCAAAGACAUGAUGCGGACUGCACUGCUGGUAAUGAGGUGCCUCUUAGCGAAGGGAUCAAGGUUGAAGAAAAUACAUCAUAUACUUCACUCUGUGCGCCUCUAAAUGAAAGUAACAAAGAUAUCCAGCCCCAGCAGCACCGAGACAUUCGAACGGUUCUGGUGAAAGAGGAGAGCAGAGCCGUACUGAAUGAUGGUCGGGCCACACCAGAUAGCAGACACUCUACCAGUUCAUUCACAGACGUUGAGGAGACAACCAGUGACUGUCGUGUGACCCCCGACUUCAACAACAAACAGUGCAUCUUUUACCCAGUGAAGGAAGAAGAAAAGGAGCUUCCCUUGGGAUCUGAUCAAACUAACUGUGGAAGCUUAACCACAGAAGCGUCCACUGAUAUCAUCCAAACACCAGAGCCGACUUAUGACAACAGACACAAUGAACAAGACUACCAAGAAAUGAGAGAACCAGAGAUGGAGGUUGAUGACUUUACAAAUGGACAAGCAGAAGUGGAAGCAGAGUGGCAGAAUCCACCAGAACUGCAGCACCUACUUUUCCAGAGUUCUGAUGAAGAGGAUGCAGGAAGUUUGGAAUCGUCUCCACCUCCUGUUGACUGUGAAGCAGAUGUCAUGGCCUAUUUCCACAAGAAUGGCUCACAACAACCUGGCAUAACAAUGCAAAAUGUGAUCCAAGCACCAGGAGAGACCCGACGACCCAUUCAUUACUUCUCUAAGUAUUUUGGCUGGGACACCUGGGUAGACAUUGCCCACUGCACCAAUCAAACAUGCAACAUUCUGAACUGUGUCACCGCGAGUGAAGUAGCACAGUUUGUUGGCAUCCACAUUGCAAUGGGAACAUUGAAGUUUCCCAGCCCCAGGCUCUACUGGGAGGACUUGACCAAGGUGUCCUUAAUUGCUGAGGCCAUGCCACUUACCCGAUUCCUUCAGCUGUCGCGGAUGUUGAAGCUUGCCUCCCCUGCAAAAGAUCCGGUAAAGAGUACUGAACAAAGAACUCGUUUUGACUUGCAGAAGGAGUUGCAAGGGGACAGUUCUCGUCAUCAUGUUAACAGCACUUGCCAAAGAAGAGCGUUAGAUGGAUCUUUGGACCCUCUCUGGAAGGUUCUGCCAUUAUUGUGCCGUUUCCAACAAGGGUGCCAGUCCCUCAGAAGUCAAGGUGACUAUGCAGUUGACCAGUAUUUAAUUCCCUUAACAAGAGAGCACAAAAACAGGCUGGCUCUACACAGCACCACAUUAAUUGGAUUUGGUGGUUUGCUUCUACAUGUGAAUCUUAAAGUGGAUCUGUCAGACAAAGAGGGUGCCGUAGAAAAAAUGGUCCCCAAUGGCAGCACGGUGUUUCUUUGUAAGCAGGAACUCUCCACCCCUGCCAUGCUUGAGCGCCUCCUAGCCGCUAGGAUUCACGGUGCAGGCCGGGUAGGCGGGGCAAGAGGACAGAUCGGAGACGAGUUUGUGAGCUCGGAUGGCAAGCUGAUGCUGCGCAGGACGCACUGUGGCUUCAUCCUCUCCACGGCAGACCACAGUCAGAGGAACAUGGCCGCUCUAAUGGACAACUUUGAGAAAGCCCAGACAGCAGCUCGCCUAAACAGAGAUUUGUUAAAUCUUUACUCCAUCCCAGUCAGCGUCUUGCCAACAUGCUGGCCUCUCACUGUGCUCUGGUACCUAACAGAUCUGGCUUUGGUCAACUCCUGGCUCCUGUACAGACACGAUCACACGACCAGCCCUGCACCUUUGUCUCUAAUGGACUUCAGACUACAAGUGUCCAAAGCCUUGAUCCACUCCAGCAGCGCGGAUUCUCAGCACUCUGUUCUCCCUAAUCCAACCUCAGACAAAACUCGUGCUAGAACUGACCCCCCUAAUCCCAGCACACGAGAAGAAAGUCCCCUCCCUGAUGCAGCCACGCGGUACGACGGUUCAGGUCACUGGCCAGAGCAGCUGGCUGAAGGUGAGGGGGGCAGGUGUCGUUUCGGGGACUGCCAGAGGACAUCUCGGGUUCUAUGCCUUAAGUGCUGUGUCUUUCUUUGCAUCUCACGCAAUCACAAUUGCUUUUUGAAUUUCCACAAUCAGGCAAGUUCAGGAACCCUCUAGACCAAUGUUCCCUCUAAGGUGUACAGUUGUGCAAUUGCUCAUUACUCCAACGUUCUCAACGCACAGCGAAUCUGUGCAGCGCACAAAAUAAAAUCCAGCCUGAACAUAAGUUUAUCCUGUACUCUUUGGCAAUGCAACUCUGUGAGUGACAGGACAAGAAUUGGUAACAUCACACACAUGACGAACACGGUCCUGCCAAUGAUAAGCUCCUGUUGGUAUGUAUUCACUUAAGCAGCCAAUCAAUCCAUUAACAGUGCGUUACGUAGUACAUGCCGCUGUUUUGAAGGUUUUCGUAUAGCAGCAUUAAUAGAGCUAAAUGCUGCAUGCUAACCCCGUAUUUUGGCGAAACGAACGGGCAGCAACAGCAGCAGAGCAUUGAAACCCCAAAACACCACAGUGGGCACCAGCAUUGUCCCUGUGGACAAGACAAAGCCACAUGUAGUACAGGCGUGCUUUUAUUUUGAUGGCUGAAUUUAUUGGAUGUAGGAAGUUUUACACCAAGUGUUGCCAAAGGGACCGGAAGAUGGUUGUUUUUUCCAGUUGACAUUGACGUUUUUUAUUUAAGACAAAGUAAACAUAUACAACAAAUAUGGCAUCAAUUUCUAGGAUGAAAUAGUACCACAACAAGCUGCUGCAAGACAGACAGAAAGAAAGAAAUUACCAGAGUAUACAUAAUUAACAAAAUAAAUGGUAAACCAGAAAAUAAAUUGACAAUUUUAUUAUAAACAAGGGUUUUCCUACAAGAUUCAGAUCAUUAAUUGGAUGAGAUAGCUUCACGACUUCUUUUGUCUGAGGUUGACAAUAAAAAAAGCUACAUUGUGAAAUACGCCUUGCGAUGCUUUUGAACCCACACAUUUACAAAAUAUCACAGAAUGCAAGUUGGACUACUUCAGUUCUCAGUUCAGGUUUUGGACAGGUGUGAUACUACAGUGCAUGUCUGAUGGCGCUCACAGAGGUCCAAGGAAUGCUCAGGUCAUUUGUGUGUAUGCUCAGACACAAACUUAGGGGGAACAUUGCUCUAGGAUCCACCUCAACAUUGACAAUUUGAACAUUUGAUGUAUGCAUUUGUACAAAUACAGUAUUAUAACAUUAUAAUACAUACAAGAUGAUUGCAUUAUGAUUGUCCAGAUAGUCUUCAAAUAUGUGAUAAUUGCAGUAACAUGACCUUAACUGAAAAUCUGAUAUUGGGGCAACCCUAAGCCAAAUAAUAGCAUCAUAUUGUCUGUCCUUCAUUCGCCACCAUGAUAUGCACUACUUCUGGAAGCUGAAGUACUAAAAAAAAAAAAAAAAAAAGCAAACAGGAUGAUGCUUGUUAUGUAUUUAAAAAUGUGUGUAGAAAUACUGUAUAUUAAUAAUUUUAGAUAUGACGAAUGUUGCACGUCAUGGAGAUGUAUUUACUGUGAAGGUCUUACUAGAAAAAGCUCCAUACGCUCUGCUACUGACACUAUUAUUUAUUCUUUAUUUUAUACCUUAAUUAUUUCACAUUUUCUAUGGGUAUGUUUCGGACUUUUGUUUACUUUAGACAUGUUUAAAUGUUUUUUUGUUGUUUUUUUAAAAUAUAUAAUCAUGAGGCAUACGUUACAAAACAAGCUCUGGAAUUAAUCUUUUUUUUAAAAAAAAAAAAGACAAAACAAUAUUUUUACUGUUUCCUAUUGUGAAUUGUUUUUCCUUACAUAAAAUAAAGUUCAAUGAAAAUAUUUCGUAACAAAAUUUUAAAGUUGUAUUUUUUUGUGUAGAUAAACCACCAGGUUUAUCUUUCGUUAUGAGAAAUAUGAAAACAGCUUGUACCUGUAAGUAGUAUU